AUGACGUUUCAGCAGGAGCUUUCUUCGUGGAAUCCUUUUAAUGGACCACAGGCGACUAAAGAAGUACCUACUGUAGGAAGCAAAGCACCAUCCACACCACAGAUCACAUUACCUCGGAAUGACAAGAAGCCAACGAUCAUAUCGUUUCUGCGACACUGUGGUUGCCCAUUUGCCGAAAAAGCUUUCCAGAAACUCCGUCGAAUUGCUGAGCAGAAUCCAGCGAUUCACUGUAUCGCCGUCUCACACAGCGACAAGGCAGCCACAGAGAAAUGGUUAGAAGCAGUGGGUGGUAGGGGAAAGGUUGAGGUCAUAGUCGACGACCAAAGGCAGUCGUUUACCGAGUACGGUCUUGGCUAUUCCAGCUUCUGGGCCGUGCUGAAUCCCUGGAGUCUGAAAAACGCAAUGACUAUAGGCAAAGAGGAAGGCUUUAACAUCCGACCCACCGAAUCCGGGUCAAGAUGGCAAGUUGCUGGCUUGUUUGCUGCUGAUGGGGAGGGUGUAUUGACAUAUGCGCAUCAAGCUAAUACCUCAGACGAUCUCGGUGACCUUGAUGCCGCUAUUGGAUCAGUGAAGUUCCCAAAAGCCUCUCUUUGA